CCAGGAAGAAGUGGACUAUUCUGAGCAACUGAAGUUUAGCGAUGAUGAAGAGGAGGACGAAGUCGUGAAGGACGGCAGGCCCAAGUGGAACAGCUGGGACCCCAGGCGGCAGCGGCAGUUGUCCAUGAGCUCUGCAGACAGUGCUGAUGCCAAGCGCACCCAGGAGGAAGGCAAGGACUGGGCUGAGGCAGCGGGUGUGUCCCGAGUUGUUAGGAAGGCGCCAGAGCCGCAACCACCCUCCAGGAAGCUUCAUGGUUGGACAUCGGGCUCUGACUACCAGAAAUCCUCCGUGGGCAGCGUGGGCAGUGUGUUCCGGCAACAGUCGAUCGAGGACAAGGAGGACAAGCCACCCCCGCGGCAAAAGUUCAUCCAGUCAGAGAUGUCCGAGGCCGUGGAACGAGCCCGCAAGCGCCGGGAGGAAGAGGAGCGCCGUGCCCGGGAAGAGAGGCUGGCUGCCUGCGCCGCCAAGCUCAAGCAGCUGGACCAGAAGUGUAAGCAGGCCCGGAAGGCAGGCGAGGCCCGGAAGCAGGCGGAGAAGGAGGUGCCCUGGUCUCCAGGCACUGAGAAGGCAUCCCCCCAGGAGAAUGGCCCUGCUGUCUGCAAAGGCUCCCCCGAAUUCCCUGCCCAGGAGCUCAACACCACCUUCUCAGAAGAGGCCCCGUCCACCUCCCCAGCUGUGGCGCACAGCAGCAGCAGUGAGGAAGAGGCCAGGGAGGCUGGGUCCCCCGCCCAGGAGUUCAGCAAGUACCAGAAGUCCCUUCCUCCCCGUUUCCAGCGCCAGCAGCAGCAGCAGCAGCAGGAGCAGCUGUACAAGAUGCAGCACUGGCAGCAGGUGUAUCCUCCGCCCUCCCACCCCCAGCGCCCCUUCUACCCGCACCAUCCGCAGAUGCUGGGCUUCGACCCCCGCUGGAUGAUGAUGCCUUCCUACAUGGACCCACGCAUCCCACCCGCGCGCUCCCCAGCGGAUUUCUACCCCUCCGCCCUCCAUCCUUCAGGUCUCAUGAAACCCAUGAUGCCCCAAGACUCCCUCAGUGGAACUGGCUGUCGCUCUGAGGAGCAGAACUGCGUGCCCCCACUCCAAGAGAGAAAAGUGACCCCCAUCGAUCCAGCCCCUGUGUGGAACCCAGAAGGCUACCUGGCAUUGCCGAGCAAGGGCUACUCGCUUUCCCACACCAAAUCGAGUGACACUCUAGCUGUGGACACGCGUGUCAGGAAUGAAAGCUCUUACUCUGCCUCACCUGGAAGGUCAGGGGGCGUAAGUGCCCAGCGCGAUCUCUUUGAGGAGAGAGGGGAGGAGUACUUGAGUGCUUUUGACAAGAAGGCCCAAGCAGACUUUGACAGCUGUAUCUCUUCUCAAAGAAUAGGCCAGGAGCUUUUGUUUCCACCCCAAGAAAAUGUUCAGGAAGCGGGUGCACCCGGGGGUCACACCCAAAACCUCAGGUGUUCCCCACUGGAGCCUGACUUUGUCCCAGAUGAGAAAAAGCCUGAGUAUGGCAGUUGGGACGUUAGCCACCAGCCAAAGGCCGCAGAUACCACCCACGGUGUCGAGCCCGAGGCGCCCCGGGAGGGGACAGCCUUUAGCAUCUCCUCCUGGGAGAAGGACAGGAGCCCCGCCAAACAGCCAUCCUCUGAGGCCGAGUGGACGCCUGAGCCCCGCAGCUCCAGCAGCCAGCACCAGGAGCAGACGGGCAGGACCCGGCGGUCGGGGCCCAUCAAGAAACCAGUCCUGAAAGCCCUCAAGGUGGAAGAGAAGGAGAAGGAGCUGGAGAAGAUGAAGCCGGAGCUUGGAGAGGAGGGCGCCCGGCUGGCCACGGAGAGGGAGCAGGUCUGCAAGGCGGAGAAGGACGAGGAUGAAGAGAACGACCCUGCCCUGGCCAACGCCUCUCCCUCCUCCAGGGAGGACAAGGGCCCCGCCCGUGCAGGUGUUGGCCACGAGGCCAACAAGCUUGAAGAGGACGAGAAGCCCGACAAGACCUGGGAGCCCAGACCCUCACGCGAGUCCAGCGACAUCCCCCCGACAAAGAGAAACAACUGGAUCUUUAUUGACGAGGAACAGGCCUUUGGGGUCAGAGGGCAGGCCCGGGGCCGGGGCCGCGGUUUCAGAGAGUUCACGUUUCGUGGUCGGCCAGCCGGCGGAAACGGAGGCAGCCUCUGUGGCGGGGGGGUCCUGGGGGCACGCGGCCUCUACAGCAGCAGCCCGCGCAGCGGCCGGGGCCGGGGCCUACGGGAGUUCGCCCAGCCAGAAGACUGUACCCGAGCCAAGCCCCGGCGACGCAUUGCCAGCGAGACCCACAGUGAGGGCUCUGAGUAUGAAGAGCUUCCCAAGCGGCGCAGGCAGCGGGCAUCGGAGAACGGGAGCGAGGGCUCGCUGCUGGACAGGGAGGAGGGCGCCCUGAAGAAAGGCGACUGCAGGGACUCCUGGCGCUCCAACAAGAUGGGCUCCGAGGACCACGCCAGUCUAGAUGCCAAGAGCCGGGCUCCUCGUGCCUUUGCGCGAGCCCUCCCUCCCCGGCUGAGCAACUGUGGGUAUGGACGGAGAACCUUCGUCUCCAAAGAGUCACCCCACUGGCAGAGCAAGAGUCCGGGCGCCUCCUGGCAGGAGUACGGCUCCCCCGACACGUGCGGACCCCGGCGGUCCGCAGACAGAGACUACAUCCCAGAUUCCUAUAGACAUUUGGACUCGUUUGGUGGCAGGGCCUUUGAGGACAGCCACCUGGAGGACAAGAGGUCCUUCUUCCAAGAUGACCACGUGGCAGAUUCUGAAAACGCAGAGAACCGGCCCUUUAGGAGGCGGCGCCCCCCACGCCAAGAUAAGCCCCCACGCUUCCGGCGCCUCCGGCAAGAGCGGGAAUCCCUGGGCCUGUGGGGGCCCGAGGAGGAGCCCCACCCGCGGGCGGGCCAAUGGCCUGGACGGUCCAAACUGUGUCCUGGGGACAAGAGCUGCACUGUGGGUCGCAGGUCCCCUGAGCUCUCCUGCCAGAACUCCUCCGAUCACGCCAACGAAGAGUGGGAGACGGCCUCCGAGAGCAGCGACUUCAGCGAGCGGCGGGAGCGGCGGGAUGGCCAGGCAGCCGAGCCCGACGCCCAGGCGGAGGGCGGCCCAUCAGGGGCCAAUCUGGGCGAGAAGAAGGAGCUGGCCAAGCGGAGCUUCUCCAGCCAGAGACCCCUGGUUGACAGACAGAGCCGAAAGCUGGAGCCGGGAGGGUUUGGGGAGAAGCCCAUUAGGCCAGGUGGUGGUGACACGUCCCCCCGUUAUGACAGCCAACAGAAUGGGACGCCUUUGAAAGCCAAAAGGUCUCCGGAGGAGGCCUUGCCUGGAGGCCUGAGUGGCUGCAGCAGCGGGAGUGGCCACUCGCCCUACAACCUGGAGCGGGCAGUCCAUACGAACGCUGAUGUCCCUGAAGCCUCUAGCAAGAAGGCAGAGAAGGAGGCCAAGUUGGCUGCUCAGAGGGCCGGCGAGCAGGGAGAGGCCAUGAAACAGUUUGACCUGAACUACGGAAAUGCCAUCAUUGAAAAUUGUGGGCCCAACGCUGGAGAGGAGAGUGAGGUGGGCUCUAUGGUGGGAGAAGGUUUCAUCGAAGUCCUGACCAAGAAGCAGCGUCGCCUGCUGGAGGAAGAGAGAAGGAAGAAGGAGCAGGCUGCCCAGGUGCCCGUCAAAGGUCGAGGCCUUUCCUCCCGGAUUCCUCCUCGAUUUGCGAAAAAGCAAAACAACUUGUGCCUGGAGCAAGGCGACGUGACCGUGCCGGGCAGCAGUCUGGGCACUGAGAUCUGGGAGAGCAGCAGCCAGGCCCUCCCCGUGCAGGCCUCAGCCAGUGACUCCUGGAGGAAAGCUGUCACAGCCUUCACUAGCACCGAGCCAGGCUCCGCCGAGCAGGGUUUUAAGAGCAGCCAGGGCGACAGUGGUGUUGACCUCAGCGCCGAGUCGCGGGAGUCAUCUGCGACCUCCUCGCAGCGCAGCUCCCCGUAUGGCACUCUGAAGCCAGAGGAGACGAGCGGGCCUGGCCUGGCGGAGUCCAAGGUUGACGGCCACAAGGAGCAGGCCCGGAAGCAGUCUGAGCAGAAGGAUUCAGAACAAGGCUCUGGACAGAGCAAGGAGCACAGACCAGGACCCAUCGGCAACGAGCGCUCCCUGAAACACAGAAAGGGCUCGGAGGGGGCUGAGCGUCUGCAAGGGGCUGUCGUCCCACCCGUCAACGGGGUGGAGAUUCACGUCGACUCCGUGCUGCCUGUGCCGCCCAUUGAAUUUGGAGUCAAUCCAAAAGACUCUGAUUUCAGCUUGCCGCCUGGUUCUGCCUCUGGUCCUGCAGGGAAUCCAGUUGUUAAACUUCAGGAUGCCUUGGCCAGUAAUGCAGGGUUAACACAGAGUAUUCCCAUCCUCCGGCGGGACCAUCACAUCCAGAGGGCCAUUGGUCUCUCCCCAAUGUCCUUCCCCACCGCUGACCUCACUCUGAAGAUGGAGUCUGCGCGCAAGGCUUGGGAAAACUCCCCCAGUUUGCCGGAGCAGAGCUCUCCAGGAGGGGCCAGCUCGGGACUCCAGCCUGCAUCCUCCGUGGGCGCCUCCAGCGGAGUCAACUACAGCUCCUUCGGUGGAGUGUCCAUGCCACCCAUGCCUGUGGCCUCUGUAGCGCCUUCUGCUUCUAUGCCAGGCAACCACCUGCCCCCGCUGUAUCUGGACGGCCACGUGUUUGCAAGUCAGCCCCGGCUGGUUCCUCAAACGAUACCUCAGCAGCAGAGUUACCAACAGGCUGCCGCCGCCCAGCAGAUCCCGAUCUCCCUUCACACGUCUCUGCAGGCUCAAGCCCAGCUUGGACUGAGAGGCGGGCUCCCCGUCUCCCAGUCGCAGGAGAUCUUCAGCUCCUUACAGCCCUUCAGGUCUCAGGUGUACAUGCACCCCAGCCUGUCACCGCCCAGCACUAUGAUCCUGUCUGGGGGCACAGCCUUGAAGCCUCCGUACUCGGCGUUCCCGGGCAUGCAGCCCCUGGAGAUGGUGAAGCCCCAGUCUGGCUCCCCCUACCAGCCCAUGAGUGGAAACCAAGCCCUGGUCUAUGAGGGCCAGCUCGGCCAGGCUGCCGGCCUGGGUGCCUCCCAGAUGCUGGACUCCCAGCUCCCACAGCUGACCAUGCCACUGCCUCGGUAUGGCUCUGGGCAGCAGCCGCUGAUCCUGCCCCAGUCCAUCCAGCUGCCGCCAGGGCAGAGCCUCUCCGUCGGGGCCCCCCGGAGGAUCCCUCCGCCCGGGUCCCAGCCGCCAGUCCUGAACACCAGCAGAGAGUCCUCUCAGAUGGAGAUGAAAGGCUUCCACUUUGCCGACAGUAAACAGAAUGUUCCAGCAGGAGGCCCUGUCCCACCACCACAGACCUACAGGCAUAGCUCUGCUAGCCCCAGUGGGAAGCCCUCUGGAUCAGCAGUUAACAUGGGCUCUGUGCAGGGACACUACGUUCAACAGGCAAAACCACGAGUGGAUGAAAAGCCCAGCCUGGGAGCCGUGAAGCUGCAGGAGGCCCCCUCGGCCACCGCCCAGAUAAAGCGAACGGGCGCCAUCAAGCCCCGGGCAGUCAAAGUGGAGGAGAGCAAGGCCUGAAGGUUCCUGGCUGCCGCCUCGCCUCGCCCACCGGGGACCGCGCCGCCCCUUGUGGCUGACGCGGCCGGCGCGGGAGCCUUGCCGGAUCCACCGUCCACCUGCCUGGCCUGAACUGAGAGACUUCCCUCUUCUCCGCUCCCCAAAGUUCCAUCAUCAAGCAGCUUGCACCCGUGGAUACAUGGCAUUGACCCGCUUGCUUUGAUACAAAACAAACAACAAGCAAACGACUCCUCCGUCCCCCUUCCUCCCCCGUGACUGUGGAGUGAGCUCGUCCGCCACCGCCUCCUCCCGCCGCCAGCCCGGGAGCUUCUCAGCGCGCUUCGGCCCAGCCGCUUACCCCCAGGCACAGGGGCUUGGCCGCAGGGUCGCUUUAUUUGGGGGCUUUUUGUUUUAAAAAGCAGACAAGGUUUUUACAAAGGGGAAAAGAAAACAAAAACGCAAGCUUCGUCUGUACAGCCGAACUUUUUGUACGGUCUUUGCCAUCCUCUCUCCCUUCCCUUCUGUCUCCCUGUCUCCAGUGGCUUCCUCUCACCUCUGUCCUGUUCGAUUUGAUACGUCACUGCGGUACCUUAAGAGACCACUGCGCCCCUCCUGCUCCCUUAAUCCUGUUCACUGUCGAGUUCUUUGCAAAAGGAAAGGGAGGUUAUUUAGGAUCCUGGUGGGUUGCAAGCACUGAGUGGGUGGGGUGAGCAGAGUGGCAGGCAGAUUGGCGGCUGGCGUCUCCUUUGGGUUCCCAGGGGGCUCCCAGACACCUGCGAUGGCGGUGACGUUUUAGCCUAAAAAUAACACGGGAUUCCUGUCCUGGAAGCCAGUAGAUACACUGACCCCUGGGCCCCAGGGGUGAAUCCUGGAGACUCACUGGUAUCUUUCCGGCCAGCCUGUUAGCUGAUGCACCCUGGGCCCCACCCCAGUCCCCUGCUCUGAUUCUGGGUCUCCGAGCCCAUCCCUGGGGGUGCUUCCUCUCAAAGCCCUCCAAAAUGUUUCCCUUUCCUCUUCCAGAGGCUGCUGCUUUCUUAGGACCCGCCUCCCCCUCCCACACGGUUCAUCACUGAAGCCACAGAGUAAUAAAACACUUGCCAGGUCUCGGCCGCAGCACAGGCGUGUGGUCCCUGAGCAAGGCUGCUGGGAGUCUCCUUUUCCUGUCUCCACUCCCAGCAGCUGACCCGGCUCUUGGGCAGAAGGGUCAGAGCCGGGCAGCAGGUGUCAGUCUCACUGGUGUCUGACGGCCAGGCGGGUCCAGGAUGAGGCUGGGCCGGGGCAGUCCUUGAGGACAUGUAGCGUCUGACGCGUGUCGAGCUCCCCUGGCAGAGGGGUGGUGGGAGCUGCUGUGCACUGGGCUUUCUCUGGUUUCAGAAACAAGGAAAUCAUCCCAGGUUCUGCCCGUCCAAGGAAAGGGAAGGGGGCUCCGAGUUUUUCAGAUGCUCUGUAGGGUCACUGUCCAGCCAUCCACCCAAAGGUGCUGCUGGCACCACUGGUGGCUUCAGGGGACAGCCGGCUCAGGACGCACACUGAGGGCGGGAGGGCAGAGUCCACCCCGUAUCACGUGAGUUAGCCCCUGGGCGGGCUGUCAGCACUGUGUCUAGUGCCGGGCCUGGGCAAAGGCAUCUUAGGGCCCCUGAGGCAUCUUCUCGUGACUCUGAUUCCAAGGAAGUGGGGAAGCGCCUCCUGAAGCAGUGCCUGAGUGCCAACUGGUGCCACCUGGGAAGUGCAGGCUGACUGCAAAAUGCUUUCUGUUCAAGCUGUGUCUCCCAGUGCGUCCCUCCCUCCCCCCUGGCCUCCUGCCACCCGCCCUCCUUCACCCCUAGUCUUUUCAGGCCCUUCUCAAAGGGCUGUCCACCUUGGCAGCGUCCCUGGCCCACCCCCCACGUCCCACCUCAUCUGCUUCUCCUCCCCCUGCAAGUGUCUGGGUGAGGGGCCUGGGGUAGAUCCUCGGCCCUGCCCACCAUCCCUGGCUGAGUCUGGGUCUGCAGGGGUCACCAGCGCGUGCACCUCCAUCAGGACGCGAGACACGGCCAGACCCCCCCCACUGAAGCCGGGUGCGCCUUGUCGGUCGAAAGAAAAGGUGAUUUUCUCAUUUUGAAAUUCAACAGGACAGUCCUGGAUGCUGUUACAAACUCAAGAUGUAUCCUGUAUCCUUCAGGUGAACCUGCCGGCCGAACGAUAGUACUUGCUAUUUGAGAAAAAAAUAAAAACCAAAAGGUCACCUGUGCUCCAGCCCUUUUCUCUUGCCCCAUUACUCCUUCCUCCCCCCACCCCAAAUAAAAACAAAAAACACUAGAAUUUAUUUAUAUGUAUUAAUGUUGUAGGUCUAGGUGGAAAAAAAAGUAAAUGUUUCACUGCUCUAUUUAUAUAUCCUGUCUGAAUUCUGUGCGGGAUAGGCCAAGAAUUGCAUGUGAGGUUCAGUGCGGUGUCCCACCUCUGCGUGGCCUGGGCUGUAGUCUCUUUCCUGCCGAGAUGCAGAUUUUAAGUGAGACUCUGUGGGGGCAGAGGGCCUCCUGAGACCCUCACCCCCUUCCUUGGUCUGAUGAAAUGCAGUUUUUAGUGCAGAGAUGUCUUAAGGUGCAAUAUCUCUCUUCCUUUCAUGUGGUUUUAGAGUCAGGCUCAAGGUAGUAAGACUUAGGGCCUUGUUUCAGUUUCAACCCCCCAUCCUAGGGUGCAGACAUGUGCAGAGGCUUCCGCCAGGAUGCUCCUGGGGAGCCUUGGGACAGAUGAGACCAGCCCUAACUGCUGCCACUGGGACUGGGGGCAGGUGCAGAAUCCUCUCACCUUUGCCUGCUGUAGUGUGUCCAGUGAUCAUCACCCGGUGGCCGUGCAGGGGGGUUUGCCCAGCAUCCCUGACUCGCGAGGUGGGUUCCAGAGAGUGGGUGUGCAUCUGAAACGCCUUGGCCGUACCCGGUCUUUCUUCACUGGUACUUCCCCUCUUUUAUUCACAUCAUCAUGCUUUUCAAACCUGGAGUUCAUAGAAUACUUCGGCUCCAGGCUCCUUUAGAGUGGAAACAAAGGAUGGCUUUAUUACACAUUCAGAAAACUCGAUUCCGUCCCAAAGCCGUGGCCAUUCCAGCCGCUUCUAGGGACACUGGGGUAUCUUGCUGAAUAUCGACAUCAGCUCUCCAGCUGUGCCCCCGCUCACCUGUCUUCUGGGGCUGACUGAGGGGUGGUCGGUGAGGCCGUUUGUGACUGACCGAUGCCCAGAGCUGAGGAGAAUUGCCGUGCACCACUAGACACAGAGCUGAAGCAGUGCUGGAGUACCAGCUGGGAAGGGCAGUCUUCACUGGAAGAUGCUUUCUGUUUAAUCUGUAGCUUGCAGUGCUGUGUCCUGCACAGCCGUGUUGUGACUGGCCUGCUGAGGCAGGGCAUGGCAGCUCUGGUGAAGCCCCUCUCCCUGGCCUUGAGUCGCUGCAUGUUGCUCCUCAGACCUUUGUCCCUUUUCACUUCCUGCAGAGCAAGCCUGGGUUCGAGGGUCUGCUGGAAAUGGCCUUGACAACCACGGAUACUAGAGUGUGUGCUUUGUUGUGUUCUGUGGUGAGAAAAUGCAUCCUUCCAGAAAGCCAGCUCUCCUCUGAAAUGUGAGACGGACCUAAGACAAGUAUGUCAUCCGGGACAGGAGUGGCUUGGUGUUGGGGACGGACACCGUGUCACCCAGUCACACGCCACCGGGGCCUGUCUGGUGAGUGCACGGAACCUGCUCACUGUUCCUCCACCCCAGUUUGGUGGCCUCCAGAAGGGCAGCAGCACCCCAGGGCCCCGUCUUUGGCACCUUCUGACGCCUCAGAGUGGAAAUCCUCACAAAGGCUCUGCACGGACGACUUUCUUCCAUUGUUCCGAGAGGACGCUGUACUCUUAAGCUUUUGCCCUCAUGCUUUGCGUAGUAAGAAGAGGAUUGGGGGGUUUUGUUUUGUCUUUGAGAGGGUUUUGUUUUUGUUUCUUUUUGUUUUGGCCUUUCCUCUUUGUCUUUUCACGUAGACCAGAUAUUUGAAAGGGCAGACGAUGGCUAAAGGUGUACCGUGCAGCUCGUCGGUCCAUUGCUUUGGGGAAGCUGACCUUGGAUGGGAGAUGGAAUCAUGGACUUACCAGCCAGGGCUGGCACACUCCCCUUCGCCCUUUCCCCCGGUUCAGUACCUAUUGUUUCUCCUUUCAAAUAUGUGAUUGUACUCGCUCUUUCCAUAUGAAAGAAUUCUCCUUAUUUAAAUAAAAAAAAAUUUAAAAAAUCAA